UGUAUCAGCACCUUCUCACGGUCAGAUCAUAGGUGCGCGCGCACAGACCCGCAGAUUUACACGAGGGCCAGGUUUGUGGGUGAAGGAGUGUUGAUCUCACUCGGAAAGAUGAAACGCGCUCUUCUUACAGACACUGAGUUUGAUGUCGCGGCGCACUUUGGGUUUGCGGUUUUGAGCGCCAAAUUUCUCCGCAGAUUCUGCCUCGCGCUGCGAACAUCGCGUUCAUUAGAUGGAUGUCUACUGGAGAAGUCACGGACGCAUUGUUUCAUUCCAUGCUGUGUGGAAGUCGCUCGUGCUAGUUUUGCAGUGAUUUGCAUAGAGACCCAGAGAGCGCAACAUCACUUCUGCAGGGAUGGAUCAGAUGAGCUUUGGGGUGGGUGGGCGCUCUCUGCCCCUCCUUCAGUCCUGACGAAAUCAUGGGUGGACGUGGAAUUUGAAGUUGCUGCCGGCUCAUGUCUCCAUUCUUUUCGCUGGCACCAGAGGAAGAAUAAGCAUCAGAGAUCUUUGCACUGGUUUGUAGGAUCGGAACUCCGACACGAAUUUGGGUCAAUCGCAAGUCUACUGGAUAAAACUAUACAAUUGGAGAUGUUAUUGGACGUCAAGCACAUCUUCUGGUUCAUUUGUGUCUGCAGCGCUGUAACGCAGGACGACUCAUCGGUGCGUCGGAUGAGGGUGGAGAAAAGUCCUCCGGUUCGAGGCUCAUUGGCGGAGCAGGUGGUUCUGCCCUGUCAUUUCUCCAUCCUACCGUCCCUCGCUGGCACCACCAGCCCCCCCAGCGGCCAUCAGGACCAUCUCCGCAUCAAAUGGACUAAACUGGAGGGAGAAACAGAAGUCACGGUGCUGGUGGCCCAGAAUGGGGGGAUCAAGGUCGGGUCAGAAUUCAAAGACAGGGUGUUGGUGCCCGGCCACCCUGAGGACAGGGGUGACGCGUCUCUGACCAUCGUGAGGCUCAGGGCGAGUGACGCGGGGGUCUUCAGAUGUGAGGUGAUGCAUGACAUUGAGGACACUCAGGAUUCGGUCAGCCUGGAUGUCAGCGGUGUUGUGUUUCAUUAUCGCGCCAACAGCAGUCGCUACACGUUAGACUUUGAGCUUGCCAAGCAGACGUGUGCUGAUGUGGGCGCGACGAUCGCCACGUUUGAGCAGCUGAAUUCAGCGUAUGAGGACGGAUUGGAUCAGUGUGAUGCUGGAUGGCUGGCAGAUCAAACCGUCAGAUACCCCAUAACAAAACCGCGAGAGGGUUGCCAUGGCGAUAUGACAAUGAAGCCGGGAGUUCGAUCGUAUGGAAUCAGAGAUCCAGCAGAAACCUAUGAUGUGUACUGUUAUGUCGGAACACUUCAGGGUGACGUGUUCUACGCACCGGGUAACCAGAAGAUGACUCUGGAUGAAGCCAGACAGGCGUGUGAGAGAGAAGAUGCAGUUCUGGCGUCUCCGGGUCAUCUGCACGCGGCCUGGAGGAAUGGCAUGGACCGCUGCGAUUACGGCUGGCUGUCUGACGGCAGCGCCCGCUAUCCUGUCUCUUUACCCAGAAUGCAGUGCGGCAGAGGACAGCUGGGAGUCAGGACUAUGUAUCGCUUCCUCAACCAGACGGGAUUUCCAUUACCCAGUGAGAAACUCGGUGCUUACUGUUUUAAAGCAUGGGAACCCACAACAGUUCCCACAACCGUGUCCGCAGUUAUGCCCACAACAUCUCUGAUUCCUGACACCCUUCCCAUCUCUAUCCUAAAAGAGCCUCCUUCAAUAAAGCCUCAUGACUCCACAGAAGAGCCGCCAUCCAUGUUCUCCACCAGCAUGGCUCCACGUGACACAGCCAUCACUGUCACACCAGCUGAAUCUGAGAUGAUUUCUGACGUGACGUCUCCAACCCCGUUCGCUGACUAUGAAGACAAAGACCCCUCUAUGGUGCAGGCAGUACCUCAUCCUCCUGCUGCCGAGGCUUUCACAACUGAAAUGCCCAACUAUGCCGAAUCCUUUUUCUCUAUCCAGCUACCCCCUCAGCACAGCGGAGGGGACGAGCACAUGGACACUCCUCACGGAGAAUAUAGUGGCUCUGGGGGCAGCAUUAGUGGGGACGUGGACGCUCCUGAGGUUGUGCUUUCUACUGCACCUGUGUUUGUUACGGCCAAUCCAGGUGAUCCAGAAAAACCAGCCAUUGUUUAUAAAGAGGGCGAAAGCACAGCCAACGCGACUCAAGAGGGGCUGAUCGUGUCCACCGUGGUCGUGCACGCUGAGAAUAUCAAACCCAUGACGGACGGCAAUCUUCCACUGAGCACAGACAAUCAGAAUCCAAUUAAUGUUUACGUCGUGGGCAUUCCCGAGACAAACGACUCAUCUAAGCUCAUUGAUAUGUCCAGACAAGUUGAUGAAGUUCUAAAAUUUCUCGGAGAAAAAGUGUCCUCCUUUCCUCUUCUGUCUGCUGAAAAUGAGCCUCCUCUGGGCAGCGGAGAUCUCGAUUCAUAUCACUCAGCGUCUGUUACCAACACCCCAAAACUAAGUUUCAUCAAUGGAAAACAUGAGCUGACUUUCACUCCAGACACUGAACAAACUCAGGAGGCCAGAGGAGACCAGUUUGACACCGCUAUCCCAGUAACAGAAGAAAACAUCUCUGAUUAUGAGAUUGACGUGACCACCGAGGAGUCUGAGAGCGUCACAUCUUCUCCUGAGAUGGAGGGAUCUGGCUUAACAGUGAGAAGCCCAAUCGAGUCCCAUAUCACACCGACAGAGAGCUCUAAAAUGAUAACCAGCACUGAGUUGAUCACAUCCGCAACCAAAUACCCAAACCAUGAGAUGCCCUCACAAGCUACAACGUUUGGCUUGCCAGUGUUUGAAGAGGGUUCGGGUAUGCGGCCAACAGAUGAUGAAGAAGAUUCAGUUCCCCCUGAAGGUUCAGCGGAAGAACCACUGCCAACAACAAAAUCUCAGGGUUUGGAUGGAGUGGCUACUGAUGAGACAGAAAUUCCUGAACCAGAAGAGACUACAGAGACGCUUAAACUGGAGGGCUCCACCCAGGCACCUUCUGACACAUUUAAAAAAACUCCAGAACCUUCACAAUCCAGUGCCCUUGACAAAGAAAAUCAGCCAGACACAGAAGAUUUUGAGGGGUCCACCUCAACUGAUGACGAGGGCUCGGGACAAGAUUUAUAUCCAUCUGAGGGAGCAAAACAUCCAACGUCAUCUCCAACUUUUCCUGUUUACACUCAAAGCUUCACAGGUUCCUUAACAAAUGACCCUAAAGUGCAAGGACAACCUGUUGGUUCAACUAUACCCAGCACAGACCCCAGAGCCGUUUCAACUUCUCAAGCAGAGACCAUCUCAGAAGAUAGGACUGUCCCUACAAAAGAAUCUCACGGUCAAGACAAAGAGACUACAAAGAGUUCUUUACUGGUGUCUGAAACUGAAACCAGUACAAGCACCAGCUUCACUUUUAGUGAGGACAUGAGCUCUGGUGAUCAGCCGGAUGAAGCGUUCUCAAAACAACCUCUCAUUGCUACUACUGUACCAUCCCUUCCCAUCCAACAAACCCAAGAAACAAUCAUCGGUACAGAUGAUGAAGAUGAACAGAAGCUAUUUGAAGGUUCUGCAGACGACACAACAACGUUAAGUUUUGGUUCCACUCAGAUCAUAACGCAACAUUCAGUGAGCACCCCUGCUCCAUCUGAUCCUCAUAAAGAAAUACAUUCUUCACAAGAAACAGUUCUCAUUCAAACAAAACCUACAGAGCAGACUACGCAGUCAGUACAGACUUUAGAGGAGAUGUCCCAGUCAAUACAGACUUUAGAAGAGACAACCCAGUCUGUGCAAACUUUAGAGGGGGUAACCCAGUCACUGCAGACUGUAGAGGAGACAACUGACUCUGUGCAGACUGUAGAGGAGACAACUGACUCUGUGCAGACUGUAGAGGAGACAACCCAGUCAGUGCAGACUGUAGAGGAGACAACAGACUCUGUCCAAACUUUAGAGGGGACAACCCAGUCAGUGCAGACUGUAGAGGAGACAACAGACUCUGUCCAAACUUUAGAGGGGACAACCCAGUCAGUGCAGACUGUAGAGGAGACAACAGACUCUGUCCAAACUUUAGAGGGGACAACCCAGUCAGUGCAGACUGUAGAGGAGACAACAGACUCUGUCCAAACUUUAGAGGGGACAACCCAGUCAGUGCAGACUGUAGAGGAGACAACAGACUCUGUCCAAACUUUAGAGGGGACAACCCAGUCAGUGCAGACUGUAGAGGAGACAACAGACUCUGUCCAAACUUUAGAGGGGACAACCCAGUCAGUGCAGACUGUAGAGGAGACAACAGACUCUGUCCAAACUUUAGAGGGGACAACCCAGUCAGUGCAGACUGUAGAGGAGACAACAGACUCUGUCCAAACUUUAGAGGGGACAACCCAGUCAGUGCAGACUGUAGAGGAGACAACAGACUCUGUCCAAACUUUAGAGGGGACAACCCAGUCAGUGCAGACUGUAGAGGAGACAACAGACUCUGUGCAGACUGUAGAAGAGACAACAGACUCUGUCCAAACUUUAGAGGGAACAACCCAGUCAGUGCAGACUGCAGAGGAGACAACCCAGUCAGUGCAGACUGUAGAGGAGACAACAGACUCUGUCCAAACUUUAGAGGGAACAACCCAGUCAGUGCAGACUGCAGAGGAGACAACCCAGUCACUGCAGACGGUAGAGGAGACAACAGACUCUGUGCAGACUGUAGAAGAGACAACCCAGUCAGUGCAGACUGUAGAGGAGACAACAGACUCUGUGCAGACUGUAGAAGAGACAACCCAGUCAGUGCAGACUGUAGAGACAACAGAUUCUGUCCAAACUUUAGAGGGGAUAACAGACACAGUGCAGACUUUAAAGGACACAAGUGACUCAUUGCAGACUUUAGAAGACACAACCCAGUCAGUGCAGACUUUAGAGGGGACAACAGCAUCAGUGCAGACUGUAGAGGGAACAUCCCAGUCAGUGCCGAUUUUAGAAAAGAUAACAGACUCAGUGCAAAUUUUAGAGGACAAAACUGACUCGGUGCAGACCUUGGAUGGAACAUCCCAGUCAAUGCACAAUUUAGAGGAGACAACAGACUCAGUGCAGAUUUUAGAGGACAAAACUGAUUCAGUUGAAACUUCAGAGGAGACAAAGCAGGACAUUUCUCCACUUGAGCAGUCAACAGAGAAACCUCUCAGCCCAUCUAUCCCAGAUGAUUCUACAGAAUCGCAUGUGCAAGAAACAGUUCAGGUCUUAGAUAGAGAAGCAGCCUCUGUUACAGAAGACAUUCCAACUACUACCAAACCCACAACUACUGUGGUAUUCGAGGAAGAUGUUGAUUAUGAAAAUGGAGCUGGUGCUUCAAUAGUUGAGGGACAACCACAAUCCAGGAGUGAGUUUACCACAAGUAAACCAGAGUCCUGGACUGAUGUCAGCUACAACAUCAUGAGCCCCAUAACUGAUAUUCAGGAUCUCCAGAUUUGCACAGUCAAUGUGUGUAAGAAUGGAGGAACGUGUUAUUCUAAUGAAAGAGGAAACAUUUGUUCCUGCAUGCCGGGAUUCAGUGGAGAACACUGUGAAAAUGACAUUGAUGAAUGCGAAUCAAACCCCUGCCAUAAUGGAGCUACAUGCAUUGAUGGGGAAAACUCUUUUGAAUGUCUCUGUCUGCCCAGCUAUUCCGGAACUCUCUGUGAGCAAGAUACUCAGACGUGUGUGUACGGCUGGCACAAGUUUCAGAGUCACUGUUAUAAGUACUUCACGCAUCAUCUGACAUGGGACGCUGCGGAGAGAGAGUGUCGUAUACAGGGAGGACAUCUCGCCAGCGUUCUGUCUCACGAGGAACAGAUGUUUGUCACUCGUUUGGCACAGGAAUAUCAAUGGAUUGGGCUGAAUGAUAAAAUGUUUGAGGGAGAUUUCCGCUGGACUGAUGGAAACCCGAUGCAAUUCGAGAACUGGAGAUCGGGUCAGCCCGACAACUUCUUCUCGGCUGGCGAGCACUGCGUGGUGAUGAUCUGGCAUGCAGACGGCCAGUGGAACGACGUGCCGUGUAACUACCGCAUGGCCUUCACCUGCAAGAAGGGCACGGUAUCCUGCUAUCAGCCUCCUGUCGUGGAGAACACGCAUAUCUACGGCUUUAAACCGCACUAUGAAGUGAACUCGCUGGUGAGAUAUCACUGCAAGAAAGGCUUCAUUCAGAGACACGUGCCCACUAUCAGAUGCCGAGAGGACGGACGCUGGGACGAACCUAAAAUCACAUGUUUAAAUCCGUCUGCUUACCAGAAGGCGUACACACACAUACACCAGAACAACAACUUUGAGAAGGUUAAGAAACACUACGAUGAGUCGACUCAGAACAGUGAACGCUGGUCAAUUAAAGACUACUUGAAACAAAUGAUCUCCGAACAAACUUCUACACAGUGAAAAGCUCCGGUCCAAAGGGACGAAACCCAGCCAUGUGCCUGAUGAAUGUUUGUGAAGCAGAGACGUGUAAAACCCUGAGAGACUGCAAAACACACACACACAUGUUUGCGCAGCUAUCUUUGUGAGGACAUACAUUGACGCAAUGCAAUCUCUAGCCCGUCAACCCUAACCAUCAGAACUACAUGCCUGACCCUAACCCUGACCCUAAACCUGAUUAUAACCUCAACCCUAAAAGCAAGUCUUCACCCUCAAACAGCCCUUUAAAGGGGUCUCUGGAAGUGAACGUCCUCACUUUACUCUCCUUGUCCUCACACCGCUGGUCUACAACUCAAACUGGUCCUCACAAAUACAGAUGUACAAGUACACACACGCACACACACACACGAUCAUCAGCCCACUGAGAGACGAGUCUACUUGAUUCUAUGCAAUAACAAAUGAAAUCACAUACAGUAUUAUAUUAGCCUGGAGGUGGGGGGGGGUCAUGUCAUGUAUAUAGUGAAGGUAAUGAUCAUGCAAAUAAAAACAGCUGUGAAUGGUGACUUUUUAAACUUUUGCUAAAGGGAAAACUGGCUCUCAGUUCUGCUAUAAACACUGCGGUAACGAAUGCAAUAUAAACAGAACAAUUCCAGAGAAGCGGUUGUGUUGUUUCACACGGCUGAGGAGGAGGAAACACAAUGGACUGCAUCUCAUGACUGGACAACAGUUCUUCAUCAUGAUCUUCCUCACUGGAUUACACAAAUAAUAAUAACAAAACCAUCAUAUUCACGUAUGGCUUUAAAAUAUAUUGCCUGUUUUUUAUAUGAGGGUUUGUAAUAUUUAACCAUUGUACCUUUUUAAAAAAAAUGAAUGUCACGGUAAAAUAUGAAUACUGUAUGUGCGGUUGAAUGUGUUAGCCGUUUGUUGUCGGACAUUAUUACAAAUGUUAUAAGCCAUAGAAGUUUAAUUUAUUGCUGAAAAUACAUUUAACAAUGAACGAACUGUGAGAUUUUGAAUAAUAAAGCGCUAUUGGAA